AAAAAAAUUAACUCGCUUCUUCUUAGCCAUUGUUUUUGUGGGGCUAACAUAUUCUUCAGAAGCAAUAUCAUUAAACUGUCUUACUCUCUCUAGCCCACAUUCGAAAGCAAAUCCUUAUUUGACUCCUGAUGGAUCUAGAGAUGGUAGGCCGCCACGCGCUGCUCUUUGACGAUGACGCCAUGGCGGCGUUUGUCAACUCCUCGGAGGCUCUCGUCGACUGGAACUCCCUCUCCAUCGAUCGGUACGACGUGCGCCAUCUCCUCUCCGGACCUCCUCCCUCACGAAAGAGGCGGCGCCACUUGUCAUCUCCGCCGCAAACCGCCGAUGAUGCCUUGGAGUCCGAGCUCGAUCGUGAACGUUACCUCGAUUUGCCUCCUCCCUCUUCCUCGCGGUCUGAUCAGCAAGGUGGACAUAAUGAUGAGGAACCUGAGACUGCUGGUGGUGGCUAUAAUUCUGUUCCCUUUUCAUAUGGAAAAACUGGUGAAUCCAAUGAGCUAAAGGAUACUGAUGCAGAAUCUAGUUUUCGGCCACCCUUUCCUGUGCCUGCAAGCUUACUUCAAAACCUACCUCCCACAGAGAAAGUACAUCAGAUCAUGGCAAGGACAGCUAUGUUUGUAAGCAGACAUGGUGGACAAUCAGAGAUUGUUUUGAGGGUCAAACAGGGAGACAACCCGACAUUUGGCUUCUUGAUGCCUGAUCAUCCACUUCACCUAUACUUUAGAUUUCUUGUUGAUCACAAGGAACUUUUGAACAGCAACUCUGUUGAUGAAGAGAGCAAAGCUGGCUGUGCACUUGAUCAGGUGGGUGGUGUUAGAGGAGGUGGUGCAUUAUCUUUGCUUGGUACUGUAUACGAUUCUGGAGAAGAUGAGGAAGGAGCAAUGGAGAAUGCUACUGAUGCUAAGAAAAAGAAAUCUGUGGAAGCUGGGGUUGCUAUUAAUAAAACAUCAACUGAUGGACCAGAGCAGAAAGAAUCUUCUACAAGUGUCAAUGGGAAAGAUGAGACAGUAACAAAGCAUUCAGCUCCUUUAAAGGAAAAGGCUUCUCUGAUAAAAAGAAAUCUUUCGAUAACAAAAGUUAUGGCUGGAAGAACAACUGGGCUGAAGAAAGAAAGUGAUGCCUCUGCUGCUGAGAAAUCUCGAGCUUCUUCUUUGCCACCCACAUCAAAAGUUGAAUUGCCAGUUGUGGAGCCUUCAUCUGAUUUAAAGAGAGUGGUUGAUAAGAUUGUUGAGUUUAUCCUGAAAAAUGGUAGACAGUUUGAAGCAGUUCUGGUUGAACAAGAUGUUAAGCAUGGGAGGUUUCCAUUCCUGUUGCCAUCCAAUCUAUAUCAUCCUUAUUAUCUAAAAGUUCUUCAAAAAGCUGAAAGGUCAAAGUUUCCUGGUAAAGGGUUUAUUUCUGAGAAGCAUGAUUCAUCCAGCCUUGGGGUAGAGAAGAAAGCCGCUUCAUCCCGAGAAAGUGAUAUUGUAUCUGUUGGAUCUGACAUACCCUAUGAUUCUGAUAGGAAAGAGAAGUUUAAAAUGGUAAUCAGCAAAUCAAAGAAGGAUGGACAAGAUCCCCCUACCCAAGCUACCCAGCCACAAAUUGGAAUUAGUGUGGAUGCAGCUGCAGCAGCUGCCAUUCUUCAGGCUGCCACAAGAGGCAUUAAGAAUCCAAAUAUAGAAAUUCUUUCAAAGACGUCAUUAAAUGGUAGCAGCCAGGCCCCUAGUAGUGAGGGUGGGCAUGCCUCUAGUUUUGGUAGUCUCCUUUCAUCUCAGCGUCAGGGUUCCAACCAGAAACCAGAGCAGAAAAGGGAGCCAAGUGUUUCUGGUCCUGUUGCCAAUGCUAUUGCAAAGACAGCAGCUAUUGCAGCUGCAAGUGAGGCUGAUUCCUCUGAGGCAUGUUUGACAAAAGAAGAGAAGUUGAAAGCUGAGAGAUUGAAACGGGCAAAGAUGUUUGCCGCCAUGAUAAAAGGUGGUUCUGCACCACUUAAAACUGAACCAUCACGAGGCUUAUCUGCUGAGCUACCAGAGUCAGGGGUUUCUGGUUCGGGUGUGGAGGGUGGAAGUCUUUUCAGAAAAGAUGGGGAAGGCUGCUCAGUUGCAUCGGAUGUUAAUACUUCCGAUAAAAAUGAAAAGCAUGAAAUGAUGUAUUCUGGUAUUGAUCAUAAUGAACGGCGAUCAAAGAGGAAGUAUCGUUCAAGAUUGCAAAGACAUGAAGAGGAUAGCAGACGGGAGGAGGAGGAAGAAGAAGAGAAAGUUAGGGAGCAUUCGGAUAAAAAGCGGAGAUCUCAUCACUCCUCAUUCCGUACUAGGGAUAGGCGUAAACAUAAGAAAAGGCAUUCCUCUUUGAAGGAUCACGAUUCUCGACAUCAACAUAAGCAUGAUAGUAGCUCUGAUGAUGAACGAGGUCAUAAAUCAGACUACUCUGUGAGUGACCAACACCAUUCUCGCCACAGACAGAAGCGAGAUAGCUCUUCAGAUACUGAACAUCGGUGUUCAAGAUUUGGACAUGAGCAUAAUAGCUCCUCUGAGGAUGAGCAUCGAUGCUCUAGACACUGUCACAGGCAUUAUAGCUCCUCCGAAGAUGAGAAUCAACGCUCUCGCCAUCGACAUAAGCACCAUAGGUCCGCCAAUGGUGAGUACCGUCAUCGAAGGAAGAGAUCUCACUCAGGAAGAGAGAUGGAAUUGGAGGAAGGAGAGAUUUGUGCAAAAUCAGAUCAAUGUAAAUUGAGUGAGGGCAAUGGUGCAAGUAGGGAAGCUUCUGUGGAUAUUUCAAAACCAGAUGCAGAAGAAAAGGCUCCAUCUCUGCCUUCUGAAACCACCACGGUUUCCAAUGAUUUAAGAGCCAAAAUUCGAGCUAUGCUGAUGGCCACCUUGUAAUUAGCAACACGACCUUGAUUUUUAGUCUGUAUUGCUCUUUGGAUGUUCAGUGAGCACCAUAUCUGGGCAUUCUCCAUCGAUUCAAGCACCAUUUGAAAAGGAUGAAAUUUCUGGUUACCUCUGGAUAUGAGUCCUGAUUUUGUUUGUUUCAUAAAUCUGAGAUCUUGUAAGACAUGAACAUGUCUAGUUAAUGGUUAAUCUUAUAUCAUCAGCUUUGGCUGAACUUGAAGGCUUCAGAACAUGAAACCUUGGUUUGGUUAAAAGUUGAAAGUAGAACUUGGAAACUAGGGUUUGAUCAAGGGGCCCCCCAAAUUCCCAAUUUCUUAUGAGAAAUCUCAAUCAAGAAAUGGAGUUUUAUAUAGAAAAUUUCUUGCCAAAUCCGCAAAGUGAUGAUCUAUUAAUUUCAAUGAUUAGAAUUCAAUUGUCGGAAAAUUUAUACACAAAAAGAACAAGGAAAAUUCUUUUCUGUCAAUGAUUUUUUCUGAGUUGGAACUCAAAUAGUUCAUUACUAAUGACACGAACGGUAGCAAUUAAAAGUAAACAAUCUAGUCAAGCUUAUGCUGAGUUCGCAAAUAUUCUCAUUGACUAUAGCUUUUACAGAAUUAUUCAGACUGAAAAACUUAAGAUUUUGACCCUUCAAUCAAUACAAAAACAAACUCCAUUAU